CUCUCUGAUUCCAGCUGACCUAUGACCCUCUCCUCUCUGAUGCCAGCUGACCUAUGACCCUCUCCUCUCUGAUACUAGCUGACCUAUGACCCUCUCUGAUGCCAGCUGACCUAUGACCCUCUCCUCUCUGAUGCCAGCUGACCUAUGACCCUCUCUUCUCUGAUACUAGCUGACCUAUGACCCUCUCCUCUCUGAUGCCAGCUGACCUAUGACCCUCUCCUCUCUGAUUCCAACUGACCUAUGACCCUCUCCUCUCUGAUGCCAGCUGACCUAUGACCCUCUCCUCUCUGAUACUAGCUGAUCUAUGACCCUCUCCUCUCUGAUGCCAGCUGACCUAUGACCCUCUCCUCUCUGAUGCCAGCUGACCUAUGACCCUCUCCUCUCUGAUACUAGCUGACCUAUGACCCUCUCCUCUCUGAUGCCAGCUGACCUAUGACCCUCUCCUCUCUGAUUCCAACUGACCUAUGACCCUCUCCUCUCUGAUGCCAGCUGACCUAUGACCCUCUCCUCUCUGAUACUAGCUGAUCUAUGACCCUCUCCUCUCUGAUGCCAGCUGACCUAUGACCCUCUCCUCUCUGAUGCCAGCUGACCUAUGACCCUCUCCUCUCUGAUACUAGCUGACCUAUGACCCUCUCCUCUCUGAUGCCAGCUGACCUAUGACCCUCUCCUCUCUGAUACUAGCUGACCUAUGACCCUCUCCUCUCUGAUGCCAGCUGACCUAUGACCCUCUCCUCUCUGAUGCCAGCUGACCUAUGACCCUCUCUGAUACUAGCUGACCUAUGACCCUCUCCUCUCUGAUGCCAGCUGACCUAUGACCCUCUCCUCUCUGAUACUAGCUGACCUAUGACCCUCUCCUCUCUGAUGCCAGCUGACCUAUGACCCUCUCCUCUCUGAUACUAGCUGACCUAUGACCCUCUCCUCUCUGAUGCCAGCUGACCUAUGACCCUCUCCUCUCUGAUACUAGCUGACCUAUGACCCUCUCGUCUCUGAUGCCAGCUGACCUAUGACCCUCUCCUCUCUGAUGCCAGCUGACCUAUGACCCUCUCCUCUCUGAUACUAGCUGACCUAUGACCCUCUCCUCUCUGAUGCCAGCUGACCUAUGACCCUCUCCUCUCUGAUACUAGCUGACCUAUGACCCUCUCCUCUCUGAUGCCAGCUGACCUAUGACCCUCUCCUCUCUGAUACUAGCUGACCUAUGACCCUCUCGUCUCUGAUGCCAGCUGACCUAUGACCCUCUCCUCUCUGAUGCCAGCUGACCUAUGACCCUCUCCUCUCUGAUACUAGCUGACCUAUGACCCUCUCCUCUCUGAUGCCAGCUGACCUAUGACCCUCUCCUCUCUGAUACUAGCUGACCUAUGACCCUCUCCUCUCUGAUGCCAGCUGACCUAUGACCCUCUCCUCUCUGAUGCCAGCUGACCUAUGACCCUCUCCUCUCUGAUGCCAGCUGACCUAUGACCCUCUCCUCUCUGAUGCCAGCUGACCUAUGACCCUCUCCUCUCUGAUACUAGCUGACCUAUGACCCUCUCCUCUCUGAUGCCAGCUGACCUAUGACCCUCUCCUCUCUGAUACUAGCUGACCUAUGACCCUCUCCUCUCUGAUGCCAGCUGACCUAUGACCCUCUCCUCUCUGAUUCCAACUGACCUAUGACCCUCUCCUCUCUGAUGCCAGCUGACCUAUGACCCUCUCCUCUCUGAUACUAGCUGACCUAUGACCCUCUCCUCUCUGAUGCCAGCUGACCUAUGACCCUCUCCUCUCUGAUGCCAGCUGACCUAUGACCCUCUCCUCUCUGAUGCCAGCGGACCUAUGACCCUCUCCUCUCUGAUGCCAGCUGACCUAUGACCCUCUCUGAUGCCAGCUGACAUAUGACCCUCUCCUCUCUGAUACCAGCUGACCUAUGACCCUCUCCUCUCUGAUGCCAGCUGACCUAUGACCCUCCCCUCUGAGUGUGGGGUUGUUCCCUCUAGUCUGCUUCCCAUUCUAUUCCCUCUAUAGACCAGGGCCCAUAAGGCUCCACAGGACAUGAUGCCAUUGGGAUGCAUGCUAACUGUACCUGCACAGUGGUCUCUCUCUCUUCUCUCCCUUGUUUUCUUGGUGACAUUCCAUCUUGUGUUUAAAACGUCUCUCCCUGCCUUUUAUGGAGAAGUACCCCAGGCAACUAUUCACCCCUCUCCUCUCCUCCUCUCUCUCCCUUUCUCAUCUCUCUCCCCCUCUCUCUUUCUCUCCCUUCUCCCUUUCUCUCCCCCUCUCUCCCCUUUUCUACGUCUCUCUCUCCUCUCUCUUCCCUCUAUCCCCGUCAACUCUCUCUCUCUCUCUCUCUCUCCCCCUUGCCCCCCUCUCUCUAUCCCCCUCUCAUCUCUUUCUCUCUCUCUCCAACUGUCUCUCUCCCUCUUGGCACAGACAUGCUCAGGAGAGUACUGAUAACACUCCUCGCCGCUGGCAGAGGGAAGGGAGGAGGUGAAGGUCUUGUUAAGACUGUGUCAAUGCGGACCAAUCAGCACUCCUCCUCCUCAGACUGUGUCAAUGUGAACCAAUCAGAUCUCGUCCUCUCAGACUGUGUCAAUGUGAACCAAUCAGAUCUCGUCCUCUCAGACUGUGUCAAUGCGGACCAAUCAGCACUCCUCCUCUCGGACUGUGUCAAUGCGGACCAAUCAGCACUCCUCCUCAGACUGUGUCAAUACGGACCAAUCAGCACUCCUCCUCUUAGACUGUGUCAAUGCUGACCAAUCAGCACUCCUCUCAGACUGUCAAUACGGCCCAAUCAGCACUCCUCCUCUCAGACUAUGUCAAUAAGGACCAAUCAGCACUCCUCCUCUCAGACUGUGUCAAUACGGACCAAUCAGCACUCCUCCUCUCAGACUGUCAAUACGGACCAAUCAGCACUCUUCCUCUCAGACUGUGUCAAUACGGACCAAUCAGCACUCCUCCUCUCAGACUGUCAAUACGGACCAAUCAGCACUCCUCCUCUCAGACUGUCAAUACGGACCAAUCAGCACUCCUCCUCUCAGACUGUCAAUACGGCCCAAUCAGCACUCCUCUCAGACUGUCAAUACGGACCAAUCAGCACGCCUCCUCUCAGACUGUGUCAAUACGGACCAAUCAGCACUCCUCCUCUCAGACUGUGUCAAUACGGACCAAUCAGCACUCCUCCUCUCAGACUGUCAAUACGGACCAAUCAGCACUCCUCCUCUCAGACUGUGUCAAUACGGACCAAUCAGCACUCCUCCUCUCAGACUGUCAAUACGGACCAAUCAGCACUCCUCCUCCUCAGACUGUGUCAAUACGGACCAAUCAGCACUCCUCCUCUCAGACUGUGUCAAUACGGACCAAUCAGCACGCCUCCUCUCAGACUGUGUCAAUACGGACCAAUCAGAACUCGUCCUCUCAGACUGUGUCAAUACGGACCAAUCAGCACUCCUCCUCUCAGACUGUCAAUACGGACCAAUCAGCACUCCUCCUCUCAGACUGUCAAUACGGCCCAAUCAGCACUCCUCUCAGACUGUCAAUACGGACCAAUCAGCACUCCUCUCAGACUGUCAAUACGGACCAAUCAGCACUCCUCCUCUCAGACUGUCAAUACGGACCAAUCAGCACUCCUCCUCUCAGACUGUGUCAAUACGGACCAAUCAGCACUCCUCCUCUCAGACUGUCAAUACGGACCAAUCAGCACUCCUCCUCUCAGACUGUGUCAAUACGGACCAAUCAGCACUCCUCCUCUCAGACUGUCAAUACGGACCAAUCAGCACUCCUCCUCUCAGACUGUCAAUACGGACCAAUCAGCACUCCUCCUCUCAGACUGUCAAUACGGACCAAUCAGCACUCCUCUCAGACUGUCAAUACGGACCAAUCAGCACUCCUCCUCUCAGACUGUCAAUACGGACCAAUCAGCACUCCUCCUCUCAGACUGUGUCAAUACGGACCAAUCAGCACUCCUCCUCUCAGACUGUGUCAAUACGGACCAAUCAGCACUCCUCCUCUCAGACUGUCAAUACGGACCAAUCAGCACUCCUCCUCUCAGACUGUCAAUACGGACCAAUCAGCACUCCUCCUCUCAGACUGUGUCAAUACGGACCAAUCAGCACUCCUCCUCUCAGACUGUGUCAAUACGGACCAAUCAGCACUCCUCCUCUCAGACUGUGUCAAUACGGACCAAUCAGCACUCCUCUCAGACUGUCGGCCCCAGUUACCAGUAGAUGUCUUGAUAACAGAAACAGCGAGUCAGGGGGUUCCUGCGCCACAUGAAAUUGUUAAAAUAAUUCAUAUUUCUGGUUUUAUAUGA